AUGGCCAAACCACAAAUAUCUCUGCUCUCCGACCUAACGCCGCCCUCCCUCGAACGAACCUGGCUCACAGCGCCACACCCCACGCUCCCGAUCGUCGCAACCUGCAGCUCCGACAAGACGGUGCGGGUGUAUUCCCUGACGAACUUCAAGCUUCUCUCCACCAUCUCGGGUGGCCAUAAACGCAGCGUACGCACAUGCGCCUGGAAACCGCAUAUCCAGGGCGAGAGCGUGCUGGCAACUGGCAGCUUCGAUGCCACGGUAGGUGUGUGGCGCCGGUGGGACAGCUACGGCGGUGCUGCGGGGUGGGGGGCCGCUGCUGGAGGGAAUGCGACAGAGUCCAAUGUUUCUCGGGAUUCCUCUGAAGAAGAUGGCAAUGAUGAUGAUGCAGGAGAGGAUGACGAGGAAUGGCGGUUUGCGGUGCUGCUGGAUGGCCACGAUAGCGAGGUCAAAUCCGUGUCGUGGUCGCCGUCGGGGAUGCUGCUAGCGACGUGUUCCAGGGACAAGUCGAUUUGGAUCUGGGAGGACCUGGAUGAUGGCGAUAACAACUUCGAAACGGUGGCGGUCAUGCAGGAGCACGGCGGCGAUGUCAAAUGCGUGGCGUGGCACCCGGUCGAAGAGUGUCUGGCCAGCGGGAGCUACGACGAUACGAUUCGGCUGUGGCGCGAGGAUCUGGACGACUGGGGCCAGGUCGCGUGUCUCAAGGGCCACGAGGGCACGGUGUGGUUUCUGGACUGGGAGUCCACGGACAAUGUGCCAAGGGGAUCAUCCGAUUCGACCCAAUGGCGCGAGCAGCGCGCGCUCUCUGGUCCGCGCCUGGUUUCCUGCUCGGAUGACCGCACGGUGCGGGUCUGGGGCCGCCUCCCGAAAGACAACCAGCCACCGGCUAUGUCCUCGUCUGCGGCCACCGGUAUCCCGAGUAUCAUCCGGCCGACAGGGACCGACGAGACCUGGGAGGAAGACGCCGUGCUGCCGCACGCGCACGAGCUACCCAUCUACGCUGUGGCCUGGAGUCGCCGAUCAGGGCUCAUUGCCUCUGUGGGCGCGGAUGGGCGCAUCGUGCUGUACGAGGAGCGCCUUGCUACAGAAACCGACCCAGACGCCAUGGACACGGACUCUACCGCCAAACUCUCAUUACGGACGGAGUGGUCGAUUCUCGCUGUAUUGGACGGUGCCCAUGGCAUCUACGAGAUGAACCAUGUUGCCUGGGCCAAACGAGCAGAUCGCGGGUCGGACAGCUCGGAGGAAGUCCUGGUGACAACGGCAGACGACGGCAGUGUCAAGGUGUGGACGUUGCAGCGGUGA